AUGGGAACAACCUCAAGAAAAUCAGAUGAGUAUAAAAAAGGCGUUCCUGAGCAACAAAAGAACUUAGUGUUGAAUUUAUCUAAAUUUUUAUUGAAUGACCAUCAUUUAUCUGUUUUAUGUAAGGGGCUAUCGUUUAUCCCUACGAGUUACUCCUGCUAUGCAGAAGUUAUCUUGGACAUUAAGAUGUUUGCUAGAAAUUUAAAUUUGAAACUUUUGUAUAAAGAUAAUGCAGACGCUAAUAGCAAAUGUGUAGGGUUUUCUAAACCCAGCUCUUUCAUACCUAAUAGUAAUGUUUUAGUCAAUGCUUUUGAGAAAUUGUGUAUACGAGACAUAUAUGAGGCUAAUGUUAAACAGGGAUUUAAGCCACACAAUAAUUUAAAGCAGAAUAUGACACGACAGGAAAGAGAAGCAUUAUUAGAAUUAGAAAGGAAUGAGCAAAUUAUUGUGAGACCAGCAGACAAAGGGGGUCUCAUAGUGGUGUUAGAUAGAGAUAGUUAUAAAAAUAGUAUAUCUGCUAGUCUAAAGAAUGACUCUUCCUACGAAAUAAUAGGAGUUGAACAGGUAUCAGGUUAUAUUUCAAGAGUUCGUAUGGUAUUGGAAGGGCUAUUUACAAAUGGCAUGAUAGAUGAGAAACUUUUGGAAUAUUUUUUGGUACAUAAACCAAUUAUACCCAUAUUGCAAGGCCUUCCAAAAGUGCAUAAAUCAGUUGUCAAUCCUCCAAUGAGAGCUAUUGUCUCUAGUAGAGGUUGGUGCACUGAACCAGUCUCUAUUUUUGUGGAGAAACACUUGAGACCUGUUUUAGACAGUAAUAAGUACAUUCUCAAAGACACGGAACACUUUUUAAGGGAUUUAUAUGAGUUUAUUGAAGAGUAUGAUUCCAACAUAAUGUUUGUGACAUUAGAUGUCGUGUCCUUAUUUACUGUCAUUCCGAACGUAGUAGGAUUGGCAGCAGUGAAGGACUUUUUAGAGAAGUAUACGGAAUAUACACCAGAGAAGAUACAAAUGUGCAAUUUUACAAAUAUAAAGAACAUCAGUACAAGUGAAGCUUUCUUAAAUAUCACCACCAAUUGGACUGUUGUGUGUAAUUCAGGGUAUGAACCCCUUGUGACUCAUAUUCAUUGUAAAAGAAAUGCAAAUGGCAGAGCAGAAUGGAGCACGACCGAUGCAUGUGGUGAAAUGUGCACAUUUACAAAUAUAACGAAUAUCAGUACAAGUGAAGCUUUCUUAAAUAUCACCACCAAUUGGACUGUUGUGUGUAAUUCAGGGUAUGAACCCCUUGUGACUCAUAUUCAUUGUAAAAGAAAUGCAAAUGGCAGAGCAGAAUGGAGCACGACCGAUGCAUGUGGUGAAAUGUGCAGUUUUACAAAUAUAAUGAACAUCAGUACAAAUGAAACUUUUCUACAUACCAAAACCGAUUGGACUGUUGUGUGUAAUUCAGGUUAUGAACCCCUUGUGACAUACAUUCGUUGUGAAAGAAAUAAAACUGGCAAGGCACAAUGGAGCACUACCAAUGCAUGUGGUGAAAUGUGCAGUUUUACAAAUAUAAUGAACAUCAGUACAAAUGGAACUUUUCUACAUACCAAAACCAAUUGGACUGUUGUGUGUAAUUCAGGUUAUGAACCCCUUGUGACACACAUUCGUUGUGAAAGAAAUAAAACUGGCAAGGCACAAUGGAGCACUACCAAUGCAUGUGGUGAAAUGUGCAGUUUUACACAUAUAAAGAACAUCAACACAAAUGAAACUUUUCUAAGUACCACCAGAAAUUGGACUGUUGAGUGUAAUUCAGGGUAUGAACCCCUUGUGAACUAUAUGUAUUGUAAAAGAAAUAAAAGUGGCAGCGCUGAAUGGAAUAUUACCAACGCAUGUGGAGAAAUGUGCAAUUUUACAAAAAUAAAGAACAUCAAUACAAGUGAAGCUUUCUUAAAUACUACCACUAAUUGGACUGUUGUGUGUAAUUCAGGGUAUGAACCCCUUCUGACUCAUAUUAAUUGUAAAAGAAAUGCAAAUGGCACAGCAGAAUGGAACACUACCGAUGCAUGUGGUGAAAUGUGCAGUUUUACGCAUAUAAAGAACAUCAAUACAAAUGAAACUUUUUUACGUACCAGCACCAAUUGGACUGUUGAGUGUAAUUCAGGGUAUGAACCCCUUGUGAACUAUAUAUAUUGUAAAAGAAAUGAAAGUGGCAGCGCUGAAUGGAAUAUUACCAACGCAUGUGGAGAAAUGUGCCAUUUUACUGAUAUAAACAACAUCAUUAUAAAUGAGAGCUUUUUAAAUACCACCACCAACUGGACUGUUGUGUGCAGUGUGGGGUUUGAACCCCUUGUGACAUAUAUUUACUGUAAAAGAAAUGACAGUGGCAGAGCAGAAUGGAGUACUAAGGAUGCAUGUGGUGAAAUGUGCAACUUUACACAUAUAAAGAACAUCAAUACAAGUGAAACUUUUCUAAAUACCAGCAUGAAUUGGACUGUUGUGUGUAAUUCAGGGUAUGAACCCCUUGUGACACAUAUUCAUUGUAUAAGAAAUGAAUUUGGCAGAGCAGACUGGAACACUUCCAUUCCAUGUGCAGAAAAACCACAGCUAAACAUAACUGGGAUCACAAUUACCCACAGCAGUAUAAUUGUGUCAUGGUAUUCUACAAACCCUGUUACUGGACCAAUUCACGUACGUAUAAAGGCAGUCUGCCAGUUUGUAAAAACACGUGGACAAAAUUGUGAAAGGAAAAAUUCUGAAUCAGAGCAAUCAAUGCCUUCAUCAAAUAACACAUUAAUAUGGUCAUCCCUUCAACCAUUCAGUACAUACAAUAUUUCUUUCUAUGGAGAAUUCUUUAUGAACAGCAGUGGAACCCCUUUACAAAAUACCAUUCUGGAAAGCCAACUGAUUGACACAAAUGAGACAAGUCCAAAAUCACCUAGAAAAUUCACUGUUGAUACCAUUAGUAGGAAAAUACAAUGGGAGAAGCUUUCUGACUGUGAAGGAACAAUUAUUGCUUACCAGCUGUUCAUUAAUGGCACACGCGAAUAUAACAAUACAUUCCAACAUACAUAUGUGACUAAUGUAACUGCAAAUGUAACAGAAUACACACUGCAAGAAGAAUUUCGUAAUGGAACAGAUUACCAAAUCACAAUCCGUGGUUUUACAAGUGAAGGUACUGGAAACGCAUCAAGGAUGGAAAUUGAAAUAAACAUAACAGAACCAGAGCCUCCAAACAUCAACCAGGUCUUUAAUAUUUCGACAACAAACGCUAGCAUUCAACUAGAACCUGGUUCUGACAAGAAUGGACCAGUCCCAUCUCACCAAAUAAUCAUACUCAAUACUACACUAAAUGCCACAGAAACGAAAUUAGGAGAGAUCUGCAGGUAUUCAGAUCUACUGUCAUGCAAUAUCUCUAACAUUGGGCAUGGUAUAUGUAUAGCAGCUGAAAUUCCUGCAAACCUCACUGAUCGGCUUGUCUUCAGAAUAGGAGAUAAUGAAAUAUAUGAUGGUUAUCAAAAUGUACCUCUUAGUCCUGGAAAAAAUUAUACAGUCAUUGUUCGGAGAGCGAGCAAAAGGAAAACGACCACAACCUAUUCCUGUGCACAUUUCUCCUUUGCAACAAACAAGAUGGAAGACACAAGUACCCUAACCUUAAUCCAUAUGAUUUUAUUGGCGAUUUUCUUUGUUCUGGUAUUUCUCCUUUUGGUCAUUGCUAUCAUAAUUUGUAGAAGAAAAUCCAAAAAUGAACAUAUCAAGCUCAAUGGAUAUUAUAUUAUACCAAUGCAUAGAAUAGCGCAUUCUAAGACAAAAAUCCCAGUGAAGAAAUUUUUGAGUUAUAUGAUAAUGUUGAAGAAGUUGGAAAUCAAAAAACGCGAUUAUGAUGAAGAUGUGGGAUUAGUAAAAGAAUAUAAAAAAUUACGUCCUGGCUUGCAAUAUCCUUGUGAAAUCGCAAAACAGCCUUGGAAUGCAAAGAAAAACCGCUAUAAAAACAUUCUACCUUAUGACCAUUCACUUGUUGUUCUCAACCUAUCACGUACAGACUCAACUGACAAUUAUAUAAAUGCAAACUAUAUUGAUGGAUACGAGUGUGCCAACUACUAUAUUGCAGCACAAGGUCCUCUUCCAGAAACAGUUAACAAUUUUUGGAGAAUGGUGUGGGAUGAGAACUCUGCUGUCAUUGUGAUGUUAACCAACUUGAUUGAACAAGAAAAAGUUAAAUGUGAGCAGUACUGGCCCCAGCAGUCAAAGGCCUAUGAUGAGAUAACAGUUGUUUUAACAGGCGAGAAACAAUGCACAGAAGUCACCAUGCGAACCUUCACACUAACAAGGGCUGAUUCUCCAAUAGAGAAAAUAGUAAAGCAAUUUCAUUACCUGACUUGGCCUGAUCAUGGCGUUCCUUCUUGUCCAAUAAGCCUGUACCAUCUUGUUCUGCAAGUAAAUGAAUGCAAGAAUAACAGAUCUGGACCUGUAAUUGUUCACUGCAGUGCAGGGGUUGGUCGGACAGGCACAUUUAUUGCUUUAGACUACCUUCUAAAAAUGGCAACAUGUGAAGGAAAACUAGAUAUUUUCCAAUGUUCAAGCAAGCUACGAGAGAGGCGUACAGACAUGAUCCAGACAAAGGAACAGUACUUAUUUCUGUAUGAAUGUCUGCUAGAAGCAUUGAUAUGUGGAGACACCAGAGUUCCAGUACAGAAUAUUCACUCAAAUGAGAAACAAACAUCCCCACAGGACAGUCAAAAGAAAUUUGAAAAAUAUGCUUAUGAGUUUCAGACACUAAAAACCUUUUCAGAAAUUUACAAGCUCCAUGAUUAUAGUUCUGCUCUAAAACCAGAAAACAAGCCAAAGAACAGAGACCUGCAAAUACUACCAGAUUCACUUGUUUGCCCUGCUUUGAUAUCUAUAACCAAUCCCGAUAAAUCUCCAGGGUAUAUCAAUGCAGUAUUUGCAGAUACAUACUUGAAACGAGAUGGAUUCCUCAUUACACAGCUUCCCCUGAAAAACACCAUUAUAGACUUCUGGGCUCUGGUUUAUGAUUAUAACUCUGCAUCAGUGGUGAUGAUGACCCAAACAUCAGACUUGGAUGAGUCAUGCCCAAAGUUUUGGCCCAGCUCAGAGAAGCAUUUAACACUUGGACCAUUCAAGCUUGAACUUGAGUCAGAGGAGCAAGCACCUGGUGUUCUAAAUUUGAGAGUCCUGAAACUUACGCACACAGAGCAGAAAACCAGUGCCACAAGACAGAUCAAGUUCUGGCAACUUGAAAACUGGCCACUGAAAGAACCCUUCCCACAGUCAUCACCUGUUGUUAUUAGCCUACUGGGAGAGCUAGAGAGAUGGCAACAGAAGACACAAAAUAUGCCAAUUGUAGUAACAUGCCCGGAUGGUGCUAGUCAAAGUGGACUUUUCUGUGCUCUCAGCUUUGUCUGUGAACAGAUAAAAGCAGAAGGACAGGUUGAUGUAUUACAGGCUGUGAAGAGACUAAGAAAAAGUCGUCAUCAAUUCAUAAAAGAUGAGCAACAAUAUCUAUUCUGUUAUCAUUUAGCAUCAGAUUUUCUGGACCUUUUUGACACAUACGGAAACUUCCAGUAGAAGAUGAAUGUAGAUUCACAAGGACUUCUUAAAAGUGGGGAACUGCAUUUUAAAUAAAAAUAAUCAAGGACAAUAAAAUAUCGUUCCAUUUUCAGACCUGUGCAAGAGUAUUUAAUAAAUAAAAUCAGCCCUAUACUAAAGUAUAGGAAGAGAAAUACAGAGAGUACUUAUCAUUGGUCAUGGUGUGUUGUCGUGUGUUUCUACAAAUUAGAUAUAAUAUUGAUAUCAACAUAAUGUGCAGAAAAACUGUGAAUAGAAAUGUAAUCCUGUUUGGGUAUUCCAUAAGUUUGCACAUGAAAUUAUAAAGAAAAUUAUGACCAAAUUGCAUACUGAUGGUUGUACUACAAAACUAGGAAUCUAGAUAUAUAAAGCUGCACAGCAAAUUGUAUAUGCAAAUAAUGAGUUUGACUGAUCCAUUGAACUGCAUUUCCAGGACAGAAAAAUAAUAUUGGCAGAAUUACUUUAUGGACAAUGCAAUGAACUAUUGUCCCUUUUUCAACUGCAUACACAGGAGGAACCAUUCUAUCAAAACUCAUCUUGAAAGCAGUAUUACAUAAUAUGUAAGAUAUGAUAUGUGUUUAGAAUUACAUGAGAGGUGAUGUAACUCUUGUGAUUUUUUAAAAAUUCUUAACAAUGAAUAUUAUUAAAAGUUAAGUAAUUCACUUGUGUGCCGAAGAAGAGCCCAUGAAGUAACAUUUUAUAUUUUUUUGUUAGUUGUGUAUAGUAGCAAGCACUGUAUCACAAAUUAUUUAUGCUUACUGAUGCUUUUUGUUUGCUAUCCCCGAUAUUACCUGUACAUACCCUACAUUAAAGGAAUCUUAUUUGCCAACCUGA